AUGCUGAAUUUAUUACAUCCCAGGAAAAUUAUAGGAACCCUGGCUGCUCCUAUAAAGAAAUCUGGUGGCCAUGUGUUGCUCGAGUGCGAUGUGAAGAGAUACACAAGGUCUCUUCUUCAAGGCAUUGCUUAUAUUCAUAGCCAUGGUUAUGGGCAUUGCGAUUUGAAGCCUGAGAAUGUGCUGCUUGUGCCCACCGAAAGUGUUGAAUUUGCGCCUAAGGAGCCUUCCUCAGAUAUUUGGGCUUUUGGGUGCAUUGUUUUCGAGAUGUUCUUGGGGAAGUCAGUCAGUGAUACAUAUGAGUUGCUUAAAAUUCCUUCUGAGAUAUCGAAGGAUGGGAAGGAUUUCUUGAAAGGGUGUCUAGUGAAGAAAGCUACAUUUAGAUUCACUGCUGAAAUGCUAUUGAAUCAUCCUUUUGUGUCAGGAUUGGAUAACAUAAAAGGCAGUGAAUUUGGGAAGAUUUUGGAUGAAGGGUGGAUGGACUCUAUUGUCACAUUGUCUGAUGUUGGAAAUGAAUUUGUAUCCUUGAAUUUACCGAAUCAGCAGUCCAAGGAAGUAGUACUCCAAUGUGCCAUGAUUGACAAAGAUGUUUUUGAAUCACCAACACAGGAUUCAUCAAAUCUGGUGGAGCAGUGUCCAGCUGUCUUCUUCAUUCCUUCAGGUGCACAUUGA